CAUGGCCGUCUAACACCGACACCCCGUGCGAGUCUCCACGAAGCUGUUCGGCCGGAUUUCAAGGAAGCACUCAAGUUCCAACGACCAGGCUCGCUGACGGCCGACGUUCACGAGGAAGACAAAGAGAAUCUGAUCGACCUGGCGCCGUUCAAGUUUCCGUUCUCGAAGAUGUCGAAGACGCGCAGCAGCGAGGAGAAGGAUAGAGAGAAAGACAAAGAGGCCGGGGACAACGAAACGGAAAAGGAGACGACCGCGACCGCGGAGAACGAGGAAGGCAACGGAAAGGAGGCCACGAAGGACGGCAACAGAGAAAGAAACAUGAACGACGACAACGAUACGGAGGACAACGCGAGGGGGGAGGAUGCUCAACUACCGGUGAACCAAUUGCAAUUGGCCACCGAGCCGGAAUCCAAUUUAAAGCCGUCGGUGUUUGCUUCCAACAGCUUCAUGCCGAGGAACGAGCCCGCCAUUCCGAGCUCUGCUCCACCAUCGUAUCAACACGUUAUCGAGCAGACGCGUUUGGAGUACGCGGCCGAGGCGCAGAAACACGAGGAAGAAAAGAUCAGCGCGCGCGAAGCGUCCGCCCAAGAAAACAGGAAGAAAGCGCCGAAGAUACUUCACAAAUCGAGCAAGCAAUUUUACAGGGCGAUGGCUAAGCAGUGGGGCAUCACUUGCAAAAUGAGCGACCAUUGCAGAUGUUUAGAUUGCCAGAGUCGCUAUUUCGACUGCGAGUACGACACGAACCAGCAGACUGACGGCGGUCUCGGCGCCGGGGCGCCGAUGUUCAUAUCCGACGUGAUGCAAGGCUCCGCCUGCGUUCUACUCUAAAACGCCGGAAACGAGACCCUUGCGACAACGGGAUGGUCUUUGCGGCGCGUAGAUGCUUCCGCGAGGACGAGAUGUUCACAUGAUCGCGCACAAAUCCAGCCGACUGUUUCCCGAUGGACCAGAAUGAACACGAGGACCUCUUAACCGCGGUCCUGACGCUUUGUAAACGGUCAGCUGGACGUUCCAUUGCUGGACCGAGCAGAGUUGAUUCUGAUUGUUCAGCGACCAUAAUAAAGCUUUACCUUCGUGAAUUUUUCUUUUGGGGACUGCCCACCGGUUUAAAGAUGUUGCAAAGUUGCUGAGA